AUGCUUCGUGGCAGCAAGGGAGGCAGGAUGUCUAGUAGCACGAUUCCAGUCCACAACAACAAUGGUGGCGGCGACGACUUGGAAGGCGGUGGUGGAAAUCCAUUGUUGGCUCGUUCUCCUUCGAGUGGUUUGAAUGCUAUGGAUAUGGAAAUGGAUCCUCUUCAUCCCAGUGGCAAGCAACGCAAACGCAAGAAACACUCGACCGCAUCCAUUGUCAACAUGCUACCUCCUCGUCUCUGGAUUCCAUUCGACUCUACGGAACUUUGCUCGUCGUGGGAUCUUUAUGCAUCUGUCCCUUUGUAA